AUGACAUCCCCUGAAUUCGAUGUGGUUCCUUUGAAGCAUUACAGUGAAGUCCCCUUCUUUCAUUUUCUUAAUGCCUCUCCCAUCAUCUUUCGGCAAUCUUGUAAUGGGUUGUUUCUUUUCGAGGCCCUUGAUUUUCAUGAAGAUGAUGAAAGAGAUGACAUUGCCAGGUACUCCAUCUGCAACCCAACUACUAAGAAAUUCAAGAUUCUAUUUGUUGGUAGGAACCCAGUUAAAAAGGGAGUGUCCGAUAAGGAUUAUGACUUCGAGAUCGAUAUAUAUUCGUCAGAAACUGAUUCUUGGACUAUAACUGGAAUUGGUUUCGAAGCGGACGAAGGGAGCAUAGUGUUUGAAGAGUCCUAUGUUUUCUGUAAUGCAAAGAUUCAUUCGGAUAGUUUCAAAAACGAGUCACUCUAUUUUGAUGUAGAGAAGGAAUGCUUGCAAAAAAUGCCAAUGCCAACACUACUAGACGGAAGCGAUAUAAUUGAUCACAUGGAUAGAUAUUUUGGAGAGGCUAGGGGCACUUUGUAUAUUGCACUGGCCUACAACGAGCUCGGUCAUUUAGUUUUAUAUGUUUUUGAGAUGGCAACAGAUUACUCUAAUUGGUUCCUAAAGCGACUCCGGGAUCUUGGUGACGCAAUGAGAGUUUUUCCUGAGAUAAACUUGGGUUGUCCUCCUUUCUAUUCUUACGGAUACUCGGUUAUGUGUUUCAUUCAUUCAGAGAAAGAAGAAGAACCAAAAGUGGUGCUACGGGCAGAUGGCAAAAUAAUUUGCUAUGAUUUCAAUGAUGUGGCAUGGAAAAUGCUUUAUGAUCCAGGGCCUGGUGUCGAAAUUGCUCUGACUAUUCAAAUUUUUCCUGUUCUACUUCCUGGAUAUACAAUCAAAUGCAUAUUUCUUUACAAGCUCUAUACUCUUUGA